GAUUAUCUUCAUUAACUGACAUUCAUGGAAAGAAAAUUAUGGAAAAAUUAAUGAAAAUAUAUUCAGAUCCUAUUCAAAAUUUAGAUAAUCGAUUACGUAUUGGUGAAGCAAUUUUACAAACUAUACAAAGAUGUGGUGAUGUAUUAGGAAAAUAUAUACUAAAUAAAGAUCAAAAUAAGAUAUUACGUAUAUCAGCUUUAAGUAUUAUUGGAUUUGCGUGCGAAACUUCUCCAUUAGCAUUAACAACUUGGUUUCGAGAUAUUGUGGAUUGGAUAUUAAAUAUUUUGGAUAUUCAAAAAGAUGUAGAAAUUCGAAGAGAUUUAUUAGAAAGAAGUUGGCGAACAUUAAAAUAUGUUGAAGAAAUUGAUAAUGAUGAUUUAAUUAAAUAUCAUGCAAGAGUUGGAAUUAGUAUUUUAGAAACCAUUUCACAAAAUGAAUUAAUGGGAAUUAAUAAU